GAUGUAUUGCGAAACGCAUAGUAUUCAAAAUUUAUGCGUCAUUUGUUGGACAGAGAAUCAUAGCGAUUGUAAAGUAUAUCCAAUGGCCAGAUUAGAUAAAAAGAAAGAAAUCAUCGAACAACUGCAAAUGGAUGAUGAGAAAAAUGAGGAAGAAAUUCUGUGUAAAUUGGCUCAAUAUAAAUUAAAUAUAUUUGAUGAAGUUGAAAAUCAAUUUCAAACUAUUAGAAUAAAGUUUCAAGAUGCAAUUGAAGAGAGAAAGAAAUUAUGGAGUAUUGUCUAUAAUCAUAGUAAACUAUUGGAAAAAAUUCCAGAUGAUAUCAGCCUUCUCAAAAUCGAGGACUUCUUUCUUCAUCGAAAACUUUGGAAAGUAUCGAUUUCCAAAAAUGUAAUUUAG